AUAUUAAUUCAUAUUAAUUGAUGCGAAUUUAAUACAACUUGUACAGGAUAAUACUUCAGCAGAUUACAGCUUCUACGAAACAGAGGAUAGAAACGGCCUGAAAGCGUUAAGUUUUGACUUUACACAAGAAAUGAAUAAGACUGCCUUGAGUCAUUGACCUUGUUUCAAUGUGCUUUUAUAUUUCGGAUUUGAAUGAGUACACGCUAAAAUAUUUUUGGGUCACGUCGCGUUGCGUGUAGGGAUUGUUGUUGUUGUUUCUAUAUACUCUGACAGGAGAACUGCCCUUUGUGGUAUAACAUAUGAAUGGUCCCUUGGGGGCAAUGGUAUUGACACAGCAUCGUUAAGCGCCGGACAAUUGGAGAGAUGGAGUCGUCGCGGAAGCCUCGACUGUGCGUUACCGGAGGUGGCGGGUACAUCGCCUCAUGGCUCGUCAAACUGCUCCUCUCCCGCGGCUACGCCGUGCACGCCACCGUCCGCGACCCACGUGAUCCAAAGAAUGCAUGUCUGAAGCAGCUGGACAAGGCCCAGGAGAAUCUGCAUCUGUUCAUGGCAGACGUGCUUGACUACGACGCGUUGACAGCCGCGUUUGCCCGGUGCGAGGGCGUCUUCCAUGUCGCCUCUCCCGUGCCCAUAGACAAGAUGGUUGAUAAAGAGAAAGAGAUGAUGGCCCCUACUGUCAAGGGCACCAUGAAUGUACUCAAAGCUUGCUCGGCUAUGAAUGUUCAGAAACUCAUCGUGGUGUCUUCCGGCGCCGCUGUUACUUUGAACACAAACUGGCCGCAAGAUAAACUGAAAGAUGAGAGCUGCUGGUCGGACAAAGACUUCUGCAAGGAAAAUGAGAUCUGGUAUGCUCUUGCCAAGACUGAAGCUGAAGAGAUGGCCCUGGAAUACGGACAGGAAAACGGAUUGCACGUGGUCACAUUUUGCCCUGGUGCUGUCUUUGGCCCUCUGCUGCAGCACGUCGUACUCAAUAUCACCACCAAAUACCUUCGCUAUAUCAUUAAAGGAGGUCCUGACAUAAUAAACAACAAAUUCUGGCCUAUAGUAGAUGUUCGCGAUGUCACUGAUGCGCUACUCUUACUCUACGACAAGGCAGGAUCAUCUGAGAGAUACAUAUGCUCGUCGCACCAAAUGGACAUCAAGGACUUGGUGAAUUUGAUGAAGAGCAUGUACCCGAACUACAGUUAUGCAGACAAAUUGGUCGAUGUGGAUUAUAAGCUUGCGAUGACUUGUGAUAAACUGAAGAAUCUAGGCUGGGAGCCGAGGAAGCUGGAGGAGACCCUCGCGGAUAGCAUAGUGUCGUACGAAAAUGCAGGAAUCCUUGGGGAUGUGGAUGGGGAACCUUGCCGGGUUCCGUAUUUUUACCGUAUGCCGCCUGUCCUGGAAUGAGCACGUACGCUACUGUUGACCUGUGGUGGUGCCGUGGUGUUUCUGCAUUUUGCUUGAAAACGUAAGUCACCGAAUAUGUUUUGCACAAUAAGGACGUCAGUGUGGGUGACGCUUUAUGUGUUGUGCGUUUUGCCUGUCUGUGUAGUGUGUUCUAGCUGAAUCUGUGGAGCCAUGGCAUGUACAAGUACCAGUAUGUCUAUGUGCAGUCUGUACGAUUACAUGUAUAUCGAUGAGGUAGGCGGAUUGAGC